CUUCUUCUCUCCGUCCUCGUGCACGCUAUUUCAUGGCUUCCAUCCCCCCAUAAAAACCCUACUCCCUCUUCCCCUUCUCCUCCAAGCAUCCAUCCAUCCAUCCAUGGAUUUCACCAAGCUCUCCCUCCAAAUCUUCUCCCAAUUGGAGCUCAACUGGCUCAAGAACCACCACAAAGCUCGCAUCCUCACUAUUGACGGCGGCGGCCUCCUCGCCGGCCAAGCCCUCCUCCACCUCGAAUCCCAAAUCCAGUCCAAAACCUCCAACCCGGAUGCUCGCAUUCCCGAUCUCUUUGACCUCAUCGCCGGCACAGGCAUGGGUGGGGUCCUCGCCGCUCUCCUCACCGUCUCCAACCCUAACUCCACCCGCCCCCUCUUCUCCGCCAAAGAAGCCCUAGAUUUCCUCCACACCAACCACCACCGCCUCUUCCGCCCUUCCGGGCUCCUCCGGCGCCGAUUCUCCUCCCGAAGCUUCGAUCGCGUGCUCCGCCGUGCCCUCCCCAGCCUCACCCUCCGCAACGCCUGCAAACCCUUGCUGAUCCCUUGCUACGAUCUCAACACCUCCGCCCCCUUCGUCUUCUCCCGCGCCGACGCCUCCGAAUCCUUGAGCUUCGAUUUCGAGCUCUGGCGCGUUUGCCGGGCGACGGCGGCUACGCCGGGGCUAUUCAAGCCAUGCGAGCUCGUCUCCGUCGACGGGAAGACAUCAUGCGCCGCCAUUGAUGGCGGAGUUGUGAUGAAUAACCCGGCGGCGGCGGCGGUGACCCAUGUGUUGCAUAACAAGAGGGAGUUCCCUUUCGUCGCCGGCGUGGAGGAUCUUGUUGUGCUAUCAAUUGGGAAUGGACUGCCAGCGUCGCCGCCGAGAGGGUAUCGCCGUUGCUCCGGCGCCGGCGUGAUUGGGAUCGUGCUUGAUGGGGUUUCGGGAACAGUCGAUCAGAUGCUUGGUAAUGCCUUUUGCUGGAACCCAUCCGAUUACGUUCGUAUUCAGGCAAACAGGCCGUUGACGGAGAAAGAUGAUGUAAAAAUGGCUGGUGAAAGAAUGCUUAACGAGAGGGGAUUGGAAACGUUGCCGUUUGGCGGGAAACGGUUACUGACGGAGACAAACGGACAACGCAUUGAAGCGUUUGUUCAGAGACUCGUUACUUCUACUGGAGAUAACAUGGGUUUAGCAUCAAGCCCCUCACCUAGGUAACUGGUUGGAAAACAGCCGUUAAUUAGGUUUUAAUAAUUUUUCUUUCUUUCUUUCUUUUUUAACAGUUAAGGUUUUGACUGCUGGUCUUAGUAUAAUGUUGAUAUUUAUUUUCUGGAUCUAGUAGUAUGCAGAGCUCAAUAAAUAGAUUAAUUUAAUUUACUAUGC